AUGAUUCUUUUGCGUAAUUUGGUUUUCCGCUUACUAUUGCUUAAUUUCCUUCUUGUACACUGUUGCUCUUUGCGACGCCGUAACGUGGUGCCGAAGAUUGUCAAUUAUCCAAUACGAGAGGAAACCAUUAAGAGUGAGGUCGAAGGGUUGAAGAUGAGUGCGAGCUCUAGAGCACCGAGCAACCGGACUGCGCCAUUGCGAAACCAGCCGAGCUCCGAAUCUCGCUGUUUUGUUUAUGAACGUUUUAUAAUUGCCGCGUGUCUGUAAAGAAUUUUGGCUUGCUUGAAUGAUAGACUUUGAGAAUGUUUACACCUUAGAGAUAAAAGUUUUAAUGAUAAAG